ACUGGCCGCCAUGUCGACAACAACUGGAAACGAUCCGCUCACAGCAGGCCUCAGUGCCGUGCCCGUACAACACCAAGACGAGAGCAAAGCGUCUUUGAGAUUUGCCGAUGUUGGUUCGCAGGCGCAAGCAUUCGACUUUGUCCGACCGAUGCUGAGUGGCUGCAGNAUUGGCAUCAACCUGAGUGAUCCCAUUUUCCGAGGCGUCUACCACGGCAAGAAGGCUCACGACGAUGACCUACCACAAAUCGUGCAGCGUGCUCUCGGAGCUGGCUGUAGGAAGCUCAUGGUUACGGGCUCUGAUCUUGAAGAGUCCCAGAAGGCCAUUGAGUUAGCUGAGCAAUANCCGUGUACAAAUGCUUACCCAUUGACAGCUGGUCUCUGUUACGCUACCGUAGGAGUCCACCCGUGUUCCGCCAUGACUUUCGACAAGUACGAACAAGGCCCUGACGCAUUACUGUCUGCUCUCCGCGACCUUGCUCUCAAGACAAAAGCUGCUGGCACCGCAGCAGCCUACGGCGAAUUUGGUCUAGACUACGAUCGACUACACUACGCCGACAAGGAUACUCAGAUCAAGUACUUCCGCAAGCAACUCGAUAUAGCUGUCGAAGUACAGCUGCCCUUGUUCCUGCACUCGCGUGCAGCAGCAGAAGACUUUGAAGCAAUUCUAAGAGAGAGGCUCGACGAGCUGCCNGAAAGAGGAUGCGUACACAGUUUCACAGGAACGCUGGAAGAGAUGAAGAACAUCGUAGACAUGGGCUUUGACGUCGGCAUCAACGGAUGCAGUCUGAAGACAGAAGAGAACGUCCAGGUGGUCAAGGAAGUUCCUCUGGAACGACUACAGAUCGAGACUGACGGUCCUUGGUGUGAGAUGCGACCUUCGCAUGCUUCAGCAAAGUAUCUCAAGGACGCACCUCAAUUGCCAAAGGCUGUCAAGAAGGAGAAAUGGACUACUGAGAAUAUGGUCAAGGGCAGAAACGAGCCUUGUACCAUCCCCAAUGUGGCUUAUGCUAUUGCCAACAUCAAGGGCAUCACGGUCGAAGAGGUCUGCGAAGCCGCAUGGAACAACUCGAUCAAGAUGUUCGGCCUUGGUGAGAAA